AUGAGGAUGUGUGUCUUGCAGUGUUGUCUGACCCUGCUGGGUUUGUCUCUGGUGCUGUGCAGUAACGGCGUCUCUUCUCAACCAGACCUGGAUCUGCGACCCCGCAGACUUCUGCAAAGAUUUCAGGGCCUUGGCGUGGAUGCACAGGAGUGGACAAAGAAUGAUCUGAAGAACAUUCUAUCCCAGCUCACUUUGCCAGAGUCAGAGUUUCAAGAGAGUGACAUUUCUACUCUGGGGACCAAACAAGAUCUCACCAUGGAAUUCGAGAGAUCAGCAGAAGACCCCGACAGCCUCCCACCUCGAGAGCGAAAAGCAGGCUGCAAGAACUUCUACUGGAAAGGAUUCACUUCCUGCUGA